GCUAAACAGUACAUCAUCGAACUUAUAUUCAGGAUAUCAUCUUGGACAUCUUGGACAUAAUAUAACAUCGAUUGCUGAUCUUUCAAUAAGCUAAGGAAAUGUUGUUUUAUUUAUUAUUGAUUGCUGCAUCGCCAUUUGUCAUUACCGCGUUUCCACAAAAUUUGGAUAACACAUUUGUGGAGAUAGCUCAAGUAGAGCCAGUGGCUUCCAAAUCCAUUAAAAAACAAGAAAAUGCUGCAUUAUCAAAAGGAAACGACUAUGAGGAAUGCAUAGCUAACUGCUUUGUGACGACUGAAUACAAUCCUGUUUGUGGUACGGACAACGUUACUUAUUCUAAUCCAGGAAGUCUAAACUGCGCGAAAAAGUGUGGGAAAGACGUGGAAUUAAAUUAUUAUGGAUGCUGUUCAACAAGUCGAACUGGAUAACAAAUGAUUUACAUUAUACAAUACAAUUUACG